AUGUUGAUCAAGGUGAAAAUCAUCUUCCUCCCAACUCAAGGGGAUCUUAGUGCGAUCGCGCGCCACGUUGGACGGCCACUCUGGUUCGAGGUUGCGCCAGGAUUUCAUUCCCCAAGCGAGCCUGGCGAGGGCAGGCGAGCAAAGAAAUCGGUUAAGGACUCUCCAAGCGAACGACACCCGCUGGAAUACUCUGGCUGCACUCAGUUUGCCCUUCCGAAAUCACUCGUAUCAGGAUUUUUCUGUCGGCUUCAAGGCCAGCAACGUAAAUACUCGUCUUCCAAAGACACCACUCGGGGGCAUGCACAAUGUUAA